CUCUCAUGGCUUUGCACUGCACACUGCUUCCUACUGUCAGCCACCACAGCGCAGGAACAGCCAACCACAUCCAACCGGAACCAUGCAGUCUGCCGAAGCCAAAUUCAUCAAGAACAGCCUGCUCCUGGCUCUGAGACGGUACGACUCCGCUGUCAGUGACAUGGAGCAGACCAUUCUCCUGCCGAGCCUGCUGCGGGACGUUCCCUCUGAUGAGGUGUGGGACUGCGAAGCCGAGGAGUCCUGCCGAGACCUGUAUGGCAACUACCUGAUGUUCAAGGCCAUAAGAAACACAGUGGAGUGCAGCCUGAUUCUCCAAGAGGACCACAAGGCCAAGAACACAGUGCUCAACAAGACCCUGGAGCCCCUCUUAGACACAGAUCCUGAAGCUCUGUUCCACUUCCACCUGAAGGGACUGUUUUGUGUGAUGAGCAACCUAACCAAGAAGACUCAGAGCCUCACAGAGAAAUAUAUGGACAUCAUUGGAGUGGCAAAUUAGAAAAAAAUGUAAGAUAUGUGACCAUCAGGCAAAACAUGUGUGUGUUACUAAGUCACCUGCACAUUUCAAAUGUCUUAACUGUUUACAUUCAGUGACUCCAUGUGUCUGAAAGAAUGGAUCCUGAACAAACGUGUAAUAAUGACCUGACUAUUUCUGUCUCUUCAUUUGCUAACUGUUAUAGUGCCUUGGGCACUGUGUUAAAGAUCAAGCAAAAUGUUGAUUGAUUAAAGGAUCAUGAACCACA